AUGACUAUUACAAAUUCUCGAGAAAAUGAAGGCCGACAUCCUCACAAAUUAUCUUCUACAGAUUUUCAAACUGCAAGCUUGGGUGUUGCAGCUAAAGCCAUGAAAAUUGAACUUAAUAAAAUGGUUAAUUUAAUUCAAGAUAUGAAACCUCAAAAAGCUUUUCGUAAUGAAAUGGAUAAUUUUUAUUUAUUAUUUACUCGUUACUUGAGCGAAAAAUUGAAAGGAACAAAACUAGAUUGGGAUAAAGUCAAGUCACCUAGUCCAGAACAAAUUAUUUCAUAUAAGGAUUUACCAACAUGUGAACAUACAGAAUAUCUCAAGAAAUUGGCAGUACUUAAACUCAAUGGUGGACUUGGAACAACGAUGGGUUGUGUUGGUCCUAAAAGUGCUAUCGAAGUAAGAGAUAACAUGACGUUUUUAGAUUUAAGUGUUAGACAAAUUGAGUACCUUAAUAGCAAAUAUAAUGUUAAUGUUCCAUUCAUACUUAUGAAUUCUUUUAACACUGAUGAUGAAACUAAACGAAUCAUUCAAAAAUAUGGAAGUCAUAAAAUUAGUAUACUUACAUUUAAUCAAUCAAGAUAUCCUAGAAUAAAUAAUGAAUCGCUGUUACCUAUUCCAAGAUAUCCUAACAGUGAUAUAAGUGAAUGGUAUCCACCAGGUCAUGGAGAUUUAUAUGAAUCGAUGGUUAAUUCAGGGAUAUUGGAUCAAUUGAUCGCAGAAGGAAAAGAGUACAUUUUUGUUUCUAAUGUUGACAAUUUGGGAGCAGUGGCAGAUUUGAAAAUUCUUCAAUAUCUCGUAGAUUCAGAAGUCGAAUUUUUAAUGGAAGUCACGGACAAAACAAAAGCUGAUAUCAAAGGUGGUACACUGAUAGAUUAUGAGGGUAAAGUUAGAUUGUUGGAGGUAGCACAAGUACCAGCCGAACACAUGGAAGAAUUUAAAUCCAUCAAGAAAUUCAGAAUUUUCAAUACAAAUAAUCUAUGGAUUAAUUUGAAAGCAAUCAAGCGUAUCACUGAGGAAAAAGGAUUGGAUUUAGAGGUUAUUACCAACAAGAAAACUUUGGAUUCUGGUGAAAAGGUCAUACAAUUGGAAACAGCUGUUGGUGCAGCUAUUAAACAUUUCGCAAAUGCUCAUGGGAUUAAUGUGCCAAGAAAUCGAUUCUUGCCUGUAAAAUCUACCUCUGAUCUGUUCUUAAUAACAUCUGAUCUAUAUUCCCUUAAUCAUGGUGAACUUGUAAUGAAUCCGAAACGUUUGUUCCAAACUGUUCCAUUGGUGAAAUUAGGUGAUGGAUUCAAAAAGGUGUCGAAUUUUUUAGCGCGAUUUCAAUCACCACCAUAUAUCCUUGAACUUGAUCAUUUAACAGUAACAGGCGAUGUUACAUUUGGAGCCAAUGUAGAACUUAAAGGAACUGUAAUUAUCGUUGCUAAUCAUGGUGCACGUAUUGAUAUUCCAUCUAAUGCCGUAUUAGAAAAUAAAGUAGUUUCAGGAAAUUUGAGAAUUUUAGAUCAUUAA